UCGACUAACAGUGGGGGACAGGAAGUGAAUACUGUGAGAAGCUUAAAAAUCCCUAAUCUCCAUUUAUUUUAUCAGCUCGCCUUGUGGGUUCAGCGAUCCGACUUCGUUGUGAUGGCCGAAGAAUCAGGAAUGUUUACAGUACAACAAACCGUAGGUACUGUUUUAUGCUGCAAAUGUGGCAUCUUAAUCCCCCCGAAUGCUGCCAAUAUGUGCGUCAACUGUCUUCGUUCUGAAGUAGACAUAACAGAAGGACUACAAAAGCAUGUUAUCAUCAUUCACUGCGCAGAAUGCGAUCGCUACUUGCAGCCACCAAGAACUUGGAUCAAAGCCCAGUUUGAAUCUAAACAACUCUUAACUUUCUGCGUCAAAAGAAUAAAGAAUCUGAAUAAAGUAAGAUUAGUUCACUCAGAAUUCAUCUGGACCGAACCUCACUCCAAGAGACUUAAAGUCAAACUCAAGGUUCAAAAAGAAGUUCUCAACGGUGCGGUAAUCGAGCAAGCGUGUAUGGUCGAGUAUGUGGUCCAAGAUCAGAUGUGUGAGUCGUGUUCUCGGGUUCAAACCAACCCGGAUCAAUGGGUGGCUGCGGUCCAGCUAAGACAACACGUUUCUCACAGACGAACUUUCUUUUAUUUAGAGCAACUUAUUCUCAAACAUAAUGCAGCUGUCAGAGCUAUCAGAAUUAAACAAACAGAUCACGGGCUUGAUUUCUUUUUUGCUAACCGUAUUCACGCGGUCAAGUUCAUAGAGUUUAUUCAGAAAGUUGUCCCGAUUAAGAGCCGCCAUGAUAAGCAACUUGUGUCCCACGAUAUUAAAAGCAAUAACUACAACUACAAGUUCACUUUUUCUGUCGAAAUUUGCCCGAUUUGCCGUGAGGAUCUUGUUUGUCUCCCUCCGAAGCUUGCAGCUAGUCUUGGAAACCUCGGGCCGCUCGUCGUUUGUACGAAAAUCAGCAACAAUAUUGCUUUACUUGAUCCGUUAACUCUGAGGCAUUGUUUUCUUGACGCCGAGCAAUACUGGAGGGCACCAUUUACUUCACUUCUUUCGUCUAAAAAGCUUGUGGAAUAUGUAGUGCUGGAUGUCGAUCCGAUCCCUUCUGAAGUCAAUAUUGGCGGGUCAAAGUAUGUGAUGGCUGACGCACAGGUGGCGCGAGUUUCUGAUUUUGGGAAGAACGAUACCAUGUUCUUUGUAAGGACUCAUUUAGGACAUCUUUUAAACGCUGGUGAUUAUGCUCUUGGUUAUGAUUUAAAUGCUGCUAACAAUAACGACAUGGAAAUCGACAAGUAUAAAAGUCUUGUGAUCCCGGAAGUUAUUUUAGUUAAGAAAAGUUACGAAGAAAUGAGGCAGAAGACGCGCGGAAAGCCUCGUUCUUGGGUGAUUAAAUCGAUUGUCAAGGAGGUUGAUGUGAGUGAAACUCGGGGUAGAGUAGAUGAAGAAAAGAUGAUCGACGAAUAUGAACAGUUCUUGAGGGAUAUUGAAGAGUACCCGGAUAUGAGAUUUAAUAUUUCGUUGUACCGAAACAAAGAGUAUCAGGCGUCAGAAAUGGCUGAUGUGACUGAUGGUGAAGAGGCGCCUUCUGUGCCGUUAGAGGAACUACUUGAUGAUCUUAAAAUAAGUAAUGAAGAUGUUGUUGAUGACGAUGGUGAUGAUGAUGAUGAUGAUGAUGUUGAUGAAGGGGUAUGAUGGAGUAAUUUCAUUUGGUAUGAAACCUGCUGCUUCUUUUGAGUGUUCUGAUAUUGGAUGUUGAUUUGCUUUUUAGUGUGAAAAUUUAUAUGUUUUCGCCAGUUUUGAGAUCAUGUUUAGAUUUUAAUCCAAGAGUAAAGGUUCUGUUUUCUACUUUUA